AUGGCGUCUACUCCGGCAGGCAGCGAAAUAGAUCCCGAAGAAGAUGCCGGGGAAAUGAGAUUAGACGUGCACAACACCGGACAAGCUGCCGAAUAUCCAGACUUUGCAAUAAUCUGGUCGUUUCUGGUGAAUUUUAAACACCUUUUACACUUUCCUGACCUAAGUUUGGACAAUUUGGAGGACGGGUUUAACAACCAUUCGCUGGAAAAUGGUAAUGUUGAGAUGCUAGAAGACUUAUUUGUAAAGCUUUUGAGACGAUUAGGGAUCUCUGUAAAUCCAGAAAAAUGGGAGAAAUCUUUACUAAAGCAUAAUUCAGGAAUAUCAAAAUACAUUGUUGUAAGGGCAUUUGUAAAACAUGCUUUAAGAAUUUCCUUAGAAGAUGUGUUUUUACUGGAGGACAUCUUAGGUACCUCCUCAAGCCCCAUAGUUGAUGUGUAA